CCAGGACAGGCUGUGCUCUGAGCUCAGCCACUUCCCCAAAAACACCCCGAGAUUAUGUUCAUAUUAAUGUUGUGACAAAACGUGGGGAGGUGUUUCCGUUUGAGGCAAGAGCUUGGCACUUCCCCUGGCUGUGUAACUGCCAGGCAGGGGGAUCACAGGACACCCACACUGGCACAGGACACACCAGGCAGCAAUGCCCCUUCCCUGGGCCUGAGGAUGGCCAUGGAGCUGAGAGCCCUGAUCCUGCUGCCUCUCUGCUUCCCAGGUCUCCAGGGCCAAAGCCCUGAAGUGCAGCGACGACGGGAAGGGGACACUCUGUAUUUCGAGUGUCCUUACACAGCACAGACUGAAGGCCAGCACACAAAAUACUGGUGUCUCCAGAAAGGUGGAGGAUGCCAAGAAGUGGUGUACACAUAUUAUGGACACGAGAAAAAAUCCAAAGAUGGGAGAAUUAAAAUAGAGGAUAACACCACUAAUAAGACUGUGUUCAUCAGCAUGACUGACCUCAAGGCAGAGGACUCAGGCACAUAUUUCUGUGCUAUUUACCAAUAUUACAAUCAAUAUAUACCACUAAGGAUGGUCACACUGAGUGUUUUCAAGGAGCUGCUCAAGUGGGAGUUGGACACCCUGGCAGUGCAGUGCCCAAACAGCAACAGCGUGGUCUGGUGCCGGAGAGAGCAGACUGACUGCACAGUCCUGGUGGAGGGACAAACAUCUUCAAGACAGAGUGAAAUUCAAUCCCUGCAAGACAGAGCAUCAAUCAAGUAUGCUCAAGGGAUUCCCACUGUCACCAUGGAGAAGCUGCAGAGCCAGGACUCUGGAGUGUACUGGUGUGUAGUGGGCUCCAAGGACACACAGAUAAUGGAGGUCGUGCUGUCUGUGUUCAAGAGGACCCAGCAGCCCACAGCCAAGGAGUCAGGCAACAUCUCUGUGCAGUGUCACUACAAGAUCGCGGCCUACGGGGCUGCCAGCAAAGCCUGGUGCAAAAAGGAAGAGGGGAACACAUGCAGUGUGCUGGUCACCACCAGCUCAGAGCCCCCAGCAGGCCCCAGCACGGCUCGGGAAGGUGUCAGGAUCCAGGAUGACACCCAGCAGGGCAUUGUCACCAUCACCAUGGAGCAGCUGCAGGUGCAGGACUCGGGUGUUUACUGGUGCGCGCUCCAGGAGCGCUCCGGUCUGUUCCGCAUGGAGGAGGUCACGCUCAGCGUUUCCAAGGCGCUGACUCCGGGAGGUUUUCCAGACACUGAAGGCAAAAGUCGCAAAAUUCUUUUGGGUGACAGCCCACAACCCAGCUCCAAUGGGAACACCUUCAUCAUCCUGUCCGUGGUGCUGCUCAUCCUGCUCCUCCUGGCCCUCGUCACCUCCAUUGCCCUGGGUGUCAGGCACUACAAGCUCCUGGGGAGAACAGGUCACAGAGAAGCAGAGGACACCAGUGACAGACCAGAGGGCACAGCACAGCCUGGCAGUGCUGGGAAGAGGGAGAGUUCCCAGGAUGGCAGCCAAGGGCUAGCAUACAUCAACCUGGAUGUGCAAUCCCAGCCCAGCCCCCAGGAUCCUCUUUACUGCAACGUGGAACCAAGUCAGGCUCACGGGAACCCCCAACACGUGGAAUACGCCGUCAUCGCCUUCAACCAGUCCCCAAGGAGUGGCAGGGAAUGAAGCACAGAAUCCCAAACCAGCCAGAAAUGGGAGAAAGGAACUGGAAUACAGAGUGGGAAUGAGGAGCAGGAGGUGUGUGGAUGGACAAGCUGAGUUUUGCUGCCAUGUGUGUGGUGUUGCCUGAGCAUUUUCUGCCCUCCCUCCUGUUUCAGGGCCAAGCAGAGGUUUUGCCACACUUGUGGGUCAGACAAAGCUGUGGGGGAAAUUCCCAGGAUCUCUUGUACAUCUGUUUUUCCAAUUCCAUUAAAGUGCAGAGUCUUGCAGGGGCAGGUGUGGAGGCCUGGCCUUGUGAAAAGGA